AACCGUGACGUCACAACUUUAGCUAACUUGAAGCAAAAAUUCUACCAUUUGUUCAUCAUUCAAUUAAAAGUUAUUAACAAAUGCAGGUCAACUAACAACUCGUUCGGAAAAUUUCAAUUAAAAACAUAACAAAAAAGAACAAUGAAUGUAACAAAUUUGUUCAAUUUCGGUCAAACUCGCCUAGAAGAAUCGCAAAUCAAUCAAUACGAUAUGAAUGCCGUGGUUGCCCAGUCGCUAUGUCGCAUUAUUCAGAAUUUCUUUAUGGAAAUGACAACCUCUUUUAUGAUUGUAAUAUCAACUCGGCGCCGAAGGACAUUUUAUUUUUUUCUCAAUGUUUUGGAAUUUAUUUUCGAUAUGAUACCGGAUUUGAAUGCCCAAUUGGUGUUUGUCGACCACAAAAAUCCCCAGCGGAUAGAGGGUCCAAGGUUUUAUAAUCUCCUGCUCAUUGAUUCCUAUGAGGCAUUUUUAGAUAUUGAUCCAAUAGCGUAUACGAAGCAGUAUGACACCAGUGAAUAUUAUCACAUGUUCCUCAUGCAAAACGAUCUCAUCAUACUCGAGGAGAUGGAGAAAAUCUUUCGUUACUGUUGGCAAAAUCAAAUUGUGAAUUGUAACAUUCAAAUACAGAAUCGCAAGAGUGAGUUACACUUGUAUACAUAUUUCCCAUUCGGUUGGGGGACCUGCAACAGUACCCGACCACAGCACAUCAAUCAAUUUGUCGAUGGUAAAUGGUUGCGACGACCCUAUUUCCAUGCCAAAACCAACAAUUUUUAUGGUUGUCCAUUGAUUGGUGUGGUACGCUGCACUCGACCUUAUGUGUACUACGAUGAGAAUGGAGAAUUUACCGGUUUCGAAGUGGCAAUUGUCAAGGAGUUUGCAAGGGUCUUAAAUUUUACAUUGAUUUUAAAGGAGGCUGAGGACGAUGAUCGCAAUUAUCCGGCUUUACGUGGAGGACUGCUUAUGCUGGCAAAUCGAACGGCAGAUUUCGUUUUUGGCUAUUACCGCAAACGUUCGUUGACAGCAGAUCUCUAUACCAACACAGCUCCGCAUUAUCAAAGUUCUAUUGCGGCGGUAAUCAAUUUGCGGGCACAUAUCUUCAAUACCUUUGAAGUGUUGGCCUACCCGUUUCGCCUGUACACCUGGAGUGCCAUAAUUGGUUGUGGAGCCUCGAUCUUGCUGGUAACACGCUUGGUGCGCUUUCAACGGCCAAAAUCAAUGCGUACCUUUUCAAUGUUGACUAGUGCCUUUGGCCUGCCAGUUCGUGAGACAAUUAAACAUCGUCAUUCGUAUUUUAUGCUUGGACCAUGGAUAUGGGGCACAUUUCUAUUGCGAUCAAUUUACUCUGGCCUCUUGUAUUAUCUCUUCAGCAACGACAUCUAUCACAAGUUACCCUUAAAUUUGGGAGAUGCAACAAAUCAAAAUUAUAUCUCGGUCUUGAAUCGUUUUACCUUCUACGAUGUUGCCAAUAUUCCAUUCUAUCAUGAUCGCUCGCGUCACAACUUACAACCGAUUAUCUUAAAUUCCAGCGAUGAAUUGGCAGCCAUAAAAUAUGUGGAAGAGAAUUUGAGUCGAAAUUUAUACGCUGUCAUCUCCAAGGAAUUCCUGAUGCAUUACGCCCAGGAAAGUGGUAAAGUGGCGUUGUUCUAUGUCAUCCCGGAAACGGUUAUGAAGCAGCAAAUAACGAUAUAUUUUACCAAACACACAAUAUUGGCAUAUCGUUUUGAAAAAAUGAUUAUGGACCUGAAAUCGAGUGGUCUCCAAAGGUAUUAUAUAAAGCGAUACUUUGAUUCGAAAACGAUGAUGAAUUCCUACAAAGAGGAUGAUGAAAUGAUCGAACAAAAAGAUCUACUGGGGAUCUAUGUGAUUUGUGGAGCUCUACAGUUAUUGGCUGUGCUAACGUUUUUAUUGGAGUUGUUAUCCCAGAAAAUUACGAAACUAAGGGUACUAUUUGAUUAAGAGACCCAAGAUUGUUUGAGUUUGUGUCAUGAUUUGUUUUUUUUUUUUAAUUCAAUAAUGCGUACCGUACUAUAAAUUCAAAUAAAUAUUUCAUUGGUUUCUAUGAUCUUUCCUAUAGCUCUUGAAAAAUUACCCUUUAUGAAUAGAGUCCCCAAUAUGAG